AUGAACGUUCAUCUUCAUCUCUCUUACAGCGCCGCCGCCAAGAUGACCUUUCCGAUCUACUUAGUCCAUCGUCCGAUCGAUGCAUUCUCCUCUUGGCGUAGUGAUCCUUCCUCUCCUUCGUUUCAACAUUACAAAGUAUCUUCUUCAUCUCAGCGACGCUCUUUUUCAUUUGAAACUAGUAUCGCCGCCGUUCGCUUCAGUGGCGAGUUCCCCUUCGCCGGCUUGCUUCAAUUGCGGUUCCGCCAUGGUCUCAGUUUCGAGUUUCACUUCAACCUUCAAUUUGUCGAUGAUGAGAAACACGUAACCACUGGCGGUUUCUUGUCCAUUCCUCUUUUACUUCUUCAUUUGAUUUCUGCUGUGUUGCGGAUGUAG